AUGGCGACAGCUCAAGCGACCGCAGCGCCCACGCGCACGCACCUUACUCUCAGUGGAUCCACCGCCAUAGUCUCGGAAUUUUUCGAGUAUUCUCUUCAGUCCAUUCUCUAUCAGCGAGGAGUCUAUCCUCCGGAAGAUUUCAAGACGGUCAGAAAGUAUGGGCUUCAGAUGUUGGUGAGCUUGGAUGAUGCCAUGACGGAAUAUGUGGAGAGGGCAAAGAAACAAUUAGAAGAGUGGUUGUUGAAGGGAGCUAUCUCCAGAGUUGUCGUCGCUAUCAUCGAUACAGAGAACGGCGAGACGGUGGAGAGAUGGCAAUUCGAUGUCAACGUGAUGAACAAGAGUCACGAAGCGAACGGCAAGGAGAACGAAGCGUGAGUGGGUGGUGGGGCGGCUAUCAGACGAGAAGUCUAGCUUUCGCGAGAGGUCGUCGCACAGCGCUCACGUGCCCAGCACUACUCUCUGAAGUCCCGUGCAGGCUUCAUCAGGCAAAGCAGGCGCAAAGGGUGCAAAAGGCCCAAAGACCGAUGAUCAGGUCAAGGCAGAGAUCGCGGCGAUCAUCAAGCAAAUCACAGCAUCUUGCACAUUUUUGCCCAUGUUGGAGGAUCAGUGUGAGUACCAAAUCCGUCAAGAAGCGAGGCAGCACCGAAGCGAGGAGGCGAUGGCACUGCAUCUGCUCACUGCUCGUCGCUCAAUCUUCUCUUCAGGCUCCUUCACUCUCUUGGCUUACACCAACGCAUCGGAGCCUAUUCCAAUCGAAUGGGCGGAAAGCGAUGCGCGGCUGAUCGCAGAGGGUCAGGCCGAGCAAGUCAGGUUGCGAAGUUUCAGCACGGCCAUUCACCAAGUCGACAGCGUGGUAGCAUACAGGCGAGGAGAGGAGGACUAG